AAAAAAAAACAAAGUAUCGUCUUUUUAAUUAAUGGGGCGAUACCCACCAUGAACACUUGUCUCUCACAUCUUCUUCACCUUCCUUCUUCUUCCCUUUCUUCUUCUUCGACAACCAAGUCUGUGUGAGAGUCCCAGAUGCCCUGCAAAUGGGGAAAGGUGAGAAAAGCCUGCACCAGCAGCACCACCAGGAUCAGAGUCACCAAACCCACGAUGCUUCUGGCUUCAUCUGUCCCGAAUGUUCCAGAUUCUUCAACAGAAUCGCCCAGGAGUUCAGCUUCCGAUGCGUCUUCGUUUUAAUUCUCGGCUUCUCGGUUUUCCUCUCCGGGAUCUUCUGGAUCCUUCCUCGCCAUCCCGUCAAUUCCGGGUUCGAUGCCAAAGAAUCGAUUAAGCUCGCUGCGACAGUUCAGGCAUACUUCAGACUGGAAAAGCCAGUUCGAGAGCUUGUUCCACACAUUGCACAAUUAGAAUACGAUAUCAAUGGGGAAAUAGGUGUCCCAGAUACAAAGGUGGCUGUUUUGUCCAUGCACCAAAAUGGUGCAUCUAACUGGACUGAUGUGGUGUUUGGUGUUCUUUCCGAUCCGGUGAAUGUUCCGAUACUUCCAGUGUCCAUAAGUGUGCUGAGAGCUUCUUUGGUUGAGCUGUUCCUUAAGCAAUCUAAUCUUACAGUGACGGCAUCAACGUUUGGACAACCAUAUAUGUUUGAGAUUCUAAAGUGUCCUGGGGGAAUCACUGUGAUUCCUGGGCAAGGUGCUUUGAUCUGGCAAAUACCGCAGAUUCUGUUUAACUUUACUCUCAAUAAUUCAAUAACUGAGAUAGUGGAAAAUUUUGGUGAACUAAAGGAGCAGUUGACGUUUGGGUUGCAUCUGAGGUCUUACGAGGAUGUCAUUUUGCAAGUAACAAACACAUUGGGUUCAACUACAGAUUCCCCAGUUGAAGUUCAAGCUUCACUUAUGUCUGCUUUUGGGGGACUUCUGCCACAGCGAUUGAAACAGUUGGCUCAGAUAAUUACAGGCUCUCCUGCAAGAAAUCUUGGUCUCGAUAACUCUGUCUUUGGUAAGGUCAAAAGUAUCAGAUUAUCCUCCUUUUUGAAGGGUACGCUCUCUGCCACCCCUCCAACUCCUUCUCCAGCUCCAUCACCGGACCUAAGUGAUAAUGCCGGACCAUCAAUCUCUCCAAAUCCUGCUCCAACCGUUUACUCUGCAGCACCUUCACCCUCCAAGACUGGACAUCCACCUCGGCCAUGUUUAUACCAUGGUCCUAAAGUUUCUCCAAGCUCCUCGCCAACUCCUCAUUCUAACCCUAAUGUCCCCCCUACUUAUGCACCUAGCAGUUCCCCUUAUUCCCCUUCUUUGAGUCCCUCAUCUCAAGUGUCCCCACAUGUAUCACCUGCACCUGUAAUGUCCUAUACUUCUAGUCCAGGCUACAAGAAAAGUGAAAAAGGCUUGUGGUCUCCAUCACCCGCCCCAACCCCAUCAUCUUUCGCAGUAGGAACUUUCUACAAAGAGAUCCGAUUAUUGGGAUUUUGUGGACAACUCAUCUUUCUUCUCCUUUGUUGCUGAAGUGGAUGGUUCAUUUCCAUCAUACAGCAGAUAAGUUGCAACCAUAAAUAACAACAUAGCAUAAUGAUCUACCAUAGUUUUGUUUUGGCGAGGAUGGCAGUGUGCCAAUGUCAAAGUUUGACAGAAAAUGUCCGGUAAGCAAGACGUAAGUGAAUCAAGAGAUGACUGCAGGUCAAAGCCAAAAGGUGGCAGGCCUCGCAUUUCGCUUCUACAUUUUCUGAUCUCACAGACACAUGAAGUUCUUUUCAAAGGGAAACCUCUUAGAGAAGUGUCUGUGACCAGUUGAAGCAUGCCUUUCUUGCAGAUUUUCCUAAAGGAACCGUUCCUUACAUCAAAGCAAUUGUAAAAUAGAACAGGCUCUUUUAGAGCAUCUGCAAUGCCAGGCCAAGUAAAAUUGCUGCACUAAUGUGUACAGGUUAUCUUAUAUACUUGUGAAAAGAGCCAGAUAGAUACACCUUUAUUUGAAAAAUGUCAUCGUGAAUCGAGCAAUCUGACUUUUCUUACACGUAGUUUUCAGUUUUCCCUUCAGAUUAAAUCUGAUGUUGACUCAAGAAUGAUCAUUCAGCUUGACCAAUAGGUUCUUAUAAACAUGGCUUGUUCAGUAUUGAUAGCAUCCAAUACUAACACAUCAAAAUCAAGUGGUGAUUAUCAUCCGCGCGGACAAGUAUUGGUGGUACAUGAUGGUU